AUGGACGCCAUGUAUGCAGGUCCUUACAUGAACAUGUACGACUCCUUUUUCCUGAUGGAGAUGGACGCUGUGCCCAUCAAGAACUAUUGGCUCGACCAGUUCGAGAUGGAGGCCCACGAAAUGCCGGACAACAACAUGGCUGUGCGGGGCAGCCAGUACCUGGGCGACAAGUGGGAUCUCUUCAAGCACAUGAUGCCGGAAUACUUGGUGGAGCACAUCAAUGGCAAUGCCAUCUACAACCUCAAGCACAACUGGACCCAGUUCUUGUACACCUCCUUCACGGCCCAUGGCCCUAUGAACAUGAUGGAGGAAAUGGCGUUCGACGUGGCAUUCGCCAUGGUCACCAUGGCGGCCAUGAGCGGUGAUCCGGGGUUCGCACCAAGCUGGGUGGAGUCCAAAGGCAGCAACAUGACCUACAACGCGAACACGAUGCUUGUGGGAAACUAUGCCAACACCCUCCUGAACACGAGCUUCGAGUUCCCGACCUACAUCCGCCAUGGCUCCAGUAAGAACCUCUUCAUGAACCUGCCGGACAACGACGUCACGUUGGGCGUGGCCUACUUCGAUCAGCAGGGCCACUUGCGUGAGACGGUUCCCACGAAUCAUCCGUUCAAGAAGAUUUUGGGCCUUGCCUACUUUGAUACAACGAUGGCAGAUGAGGAGAUCCCUGCACCAGGUGGCAACGUCACCUUGAAGAUGCAGAAAGCCACCUACGAGCCCAUGUAUCACCUGUGCGAGGUUGCCAAGUUGGUUGACACCAAGUGGUUUGCCCUCACCGACAACUAUCACAUUGUGAAAGCCCCGGUGAGCAUUCUGAUGGAGACGAUGGACAAGCCCGUACUGCCGUACGUCUUGAAGG